UAUGGCAGGGGACGUCGGAGUUUGUGUUUGAGCCCAACCCCAGAAGCAGCGGCCCCGGUGUCCCGGCUUCGCUCUGCCCCGCUUCCCCUAACUUGGCUUUCGUGUGCCGGGAUAAUGAGCAAUAAAGACGGUGGUCCUCAGGAGAAAUACAAACUGGUGGUGGUCGGAGGCGGCGGUGUAGGCAAGAGUGCUCUUACUAUUCAGUUCAUCCAGUCUUACUUUGUAUCUGACUAUGACCCCACGAUUGAGGACUCUUACACGAAGCAGUGUGUCAUCGAUGAUCGGGCUGCGCGACUAGACAUUCUGGACACUGCUGGCCAAGAGGAAUUUGGUGCGAUGAGGGAACAGUACAUGAGGUCAGGCGAGGGUUUCCUUCUCGUCUUUGCCAUCAACGAUCGGGGAAGCUUUGACGAGAUCAGCAAGUUCCACCGGCAGAUUUUGCGCGUGAAAGACAGGGACGAGUUUCCCAUGAUCCUCAUUGGCAACAAGGCUGACCUCGAACACCAGCGACAGGUGACAAAAGAAGAAUCUGACAGUCUGGCCCGGCAACUCAAAGUAACCUAUCUGGAGGCCUCUGCCAAAAUACGGUUGAACGUAGAUAACGCAUUCCACAAUCUCGUGCGAGCGAUACGGAAGUUCCAGGAGCUUGAAAGCCCCCCGAGCCCACAGCCCAAGCCCACGAAGGGGGAAUCUAACGGUUGUCCAUGCGUCCUCCUGUGAGCCCGACUUUGCCCCCUUGGCGCGAGUUGGCUUUGCUUCAAGCCGGAGCCUCGGGACAUCCGCUCCUUUUGUCUUCCUCCACAGCAUCUGCCGACGCCCCCACCCCACUUCCCCCCCCCACCCUCUGGAACCCAGUGACCAUCGUGGAACAGCUAAAGAUCACCCUCCCUCACCUUGCCCACCAGCUCAGCAAUGGCACUCUGCGAGUGGCUCUGUUGAGUGGGUCCACGUUUGCUGCUUGGGAGACCGUGCCCGGUGACUGGUUCAAUCCGUUUCCAAGCAGACAUCUCUUUCUAUGGGGUGAUGGUGGUGGUGGUUUGGGGGGUGGGGGUGGUGGGUGGGGAAUAAGGAAUAUCUCCAGUGACCUAUUCCUUUCUGAGUGGCUGGAAUACAGGGGAAUUCCUCUGGGAAUAUGAAGCCAGGAAUGCUGGAGAGGGUGGGGGAUUUUUUUUUUUGUAACUGUUAGGGGAAGGUAUUAGGGGUCGGAGGAGAGAUGUACCAAGGUCAACUUUGUCCUACUGUAAUUGACACUACGGGUCACUUGUUGCUUUAAACCUUAUUGUCUUUCUCAAAGGGGCUUUGCAUGUUAACCCUACAAGACCUUGAUGUUCAGGAAGUGAGGAAUAGGUCACGAGGCCCACAAAGCAUUGGCAUUGGCUGCUGUGGGUCUCUGCUUCCUUUGCACAACAGAUCGAAGUGACAAGAAACCCCCCCCCGGCUGGUGGGGAAUCGAGAAUAGAGGACAUGAGAUUAGGGUGGGGGGGGGGGAGAUUUAAUACGAAUUUGAGAGGCAACUUGUUUCGCCCACAAGGCGGUCAGUUUAUGGAGCGAGCUGGCUGAGGCAGGUACAUGAACAAUUUUUAAAUGGAACUUGGGCAGGUACGCGGCUGAGAGCAGGGUGUUCCCAGUCUGGGGUCCAUGGACCUUUUGCUCAGUGGAAUGGGUCCCAGUUGAGGGAGCCCCUGGUUUAGAGGGAUGUAGGCCAAGUGCAGGCAAAUGGGAAUGGAUGAGGUGGGAAUCUUGGUCAGCGUGGGUCAGAUGGGCUGAAGGGCCUGAUGCCAAGCUCUGUGACUCUAUGGCCACCCUAGUGCUGAGGACCCUGGCAAGACUAACUGUUUUCAUUUCGGCACAUGAUCUUGUGUAGUCGAGGUGGGGUUACACUAACAGGUUUGGUAUAUGACUGGGGCAGUGUGGAGAGUUCUACUGUUCAACCACAUGACCCAAUGGAUGGCACCUGUUCCCCAACACCUCUGCUUGACAGGACAGUAGGAUGGUUACUAUCAAUUGCUCCCUCGUUGGAUAAGGCCUGUGCCAAGAGAAGUAGUCCCUUUUUGGACCAACUUCACUUCUCCGGAUAUAGAGUGCCUGCUCCUGGUCACUGUCGCAAAGUUGCCUCGAAGAUUAUUGUAAUGGGGAAUGAAUUGUUAUCCAGGGUGAUUGACACUUGAAGUUGCCUCUAAAGCUACAGAAGGCCUCUGGCUUGGUUACAGUAAGGGGUGAGGAGCAACAUUCUCUCUAAUUUAUUUUUAAACAGCUGUGUGGACCAACCGUUGCUCUAAGCAGGAAAUUUUUACACUGCCUGAACACUGCGUGGCACUUUAAUAAAACAUUACGUAUAAGAAAAUUACAUGAAAUUGCGCGGCAACGACGGCUAUGUACAUGGAAGCAUUGUGGUUACUGUGCGGCCGUGUAGCUUAGAGGGAACAGUGGUGAAGAGCUGGACAAAGGCUAAGGUGACAGUGUUGAUCCAUGACCAUAGCAUUCCUCUGGUCCCGGAAUUCUGUCAUUCCUGGUGCUUGUCAAGUGGGAUUCCCGCUCCCGCUACUGCCAUCCGUAGCUGCGGUCAGAAUUUCCUGUUGAGACUGUAAACAGGACAGGCCAAUUGCUACCCAAGUGCCUGAUGUCUUUCUACAACAUUGGUCAUUACAGGAUUCUGCAGAUGUUUCCAGCUCUCAGUUUCCCAUCUCGCCCCCAUCCUUCAUGUGCCAUUCCUUGGGAUUUGCAAGCCCCCUUUUGUACCCAUUUCUAAUUGCAACUGCCUUCCUGGACGGAAUUAACCUACUCCUGUUGUACACCAGCAUUGGGCUUCACAUUGGCUGCCCCUGGGUGUGUGUGCAGACUCCAGUGACCAUUCGCAUUAUCAUUUCCCUCCCUUAGCAUCCGACAGAGACAAGAAUGUUGACAUGAGGGGCCAGGAUUAGGAGGCUGGGGGAGGUGUGUGUGGAAUUGUCCCAAUGCAAACUUCUACAUUCCCACAUUUCCAGCCUUUAACAGCCCCUUAGCAGAGCAUCUUGACAUCUUAUGAGCUUCCCUGUUGAUUCAUGUUCUUGCCAAGUUGUACAUUUUGUUCCGAGUCUCCCUCCAGUGUUGUCCAAUUGCUGACUUGCCUGUGACUAGUUGGGGAUGUCUGGGUGUGGCUAAUUCCAUUCCUGAUUGGUCAGUGAAUAACAGGCCACUUGAUUGGUGCUGCCAUCACCGUGCUCGCUCCCCCGGUGAACAGUGGGCCUCCUCCACUGUGUCACUGGCCAAUUCCCGUACUUCCCGCAAGCUUUCUGGGCUCACCGGAAAGCCAAUUACCUGUCCUGCCCAGGUUACGCCAGACUUCUGCUCCAGAGAAUCCCUCGUAAUCUGAAGAGUUCGUAAGUCUGAAAUGCAGCUGUUUCGCUCGGUUAUUCUGAUUUCUCCAAGAUGAAAUGAUAUAUUUUUCAAAUUUUACUGAGAUACAGCGCGGAAUAGGCCCUAUCAGCCCUUCGAGCAAUCCCCCAAUUCAAUCUUGGCCUAAUCACAGGACAAUUUACAAUGACCAAUUAACCUACCAACCAGUACGUCCCUGGACUGUUGGAGGAAACCCACAUGGUCACGAGGAGAAUAUACAAACUCCUUGCAGGCAGCAGCAGGAAUUGAACCUGGGUCGUCCGCACCGUAAAGUGCGGUGCGAACCGUAUUGUCACAAACGUAUCCCUUCCGGGAGAAGGCCCCUGAGGGAAAUGGCAAAGCUGUCGCAGAGGUCUCCCAAACACUCCCUUGAAUGCAUGGGCUGUACAUGUUGGGUGUUUGGAGCCUGUUUUCCAUUUACACCAUCUCAAACAGUAAGGGUGCAGGAUAUAAAUCCAUUCUGGCAUCUCCACAGUCCUGAGGGUGCUCGAUUACCAUAAUUUCAUGAUGCUUGAUGAUUGAUAGCCAAAGAUUUUGAUCAUUUCACUGUUCUGUUUGCUUUGGGAUGUCCUGGGUGCUUGGGUGAAGUAGAAGAUGGAUCCCGCUAUUUAUGUGGUUGUAACAAUGAGGGAUUCUUUUCUCCCCCCCCCCCUUUUACUGGGCAACACAGACCAGAAUGCAAUGCUCACCGCAGACCAUAGGCGCCAUUGUACACUGGGAUUGGCCAGUCCACUGCUCGACCAUGCCAGUCUGUUCCUCGGCAAUACUCCACCAGUCAAUGCAGACCAGAGCUGGCGUGUCACCUCCCAGCCCUGGAAAGUGAUGUUUGAGGGUAUCUUUCCUGAAGGUGCUCCUUGGAGUCUUGCAGAGAUUUGGUUGAAGGGUUGAAAGUUCAAGGUCAAGAAGAGGAAGCCCCAGUCCCAAAGGAAUAAAGAUAUCAAACUCUGUCCGCUUCCCUUCUGUGUCCGGGACCUUCUGCCCGAAGUGAACACCAUCUUGUGGUGGGAUGUACCAGUCAAGUCUUCUAUAGUAUUUUGGCACUGGAGGGGUAAAGCAUUGACUUGUGUUCACUGUCGAGCAGUUAAAAGUAGCUUUUGUGCCUAACCCAGGGCUGGCCACAAAUUGCAAGAAGGUGCCAGCUUUGGGACUUACGUGACUUUCUGACCUCCUCAACUCCACCUCGCCAUCUGUUUCCCAGUUCUCCCCAGCACCAUUGACCACCCGAACUCUUUUAAUCAUUCACCUUUAACUAUUGUUAGGUUAGGCUUAUGAUGUACAGUUAGGGGUACAUUUUGUGUUUAUAUUGGAGCAGGGACUGUCUCCAGCACAGCUGGGUGUGCUAUCUCACUGUAAAUGUUCAUUCAAAGUCAUUAAAGUACG